AUGGAAGUCUUUGUAUUAAAGAUUGAAGAUCCAGGUUGCUUUUGGGUUACUAUGAAAGGAUGUGGGCCUUUCGUAGUUGAUGAAGGGACAUAUAAAAAACUGAAUGAUGAAAUGAAUCAGUUCUACGAUAAAUCUUGCAAAAAUGUGGAUGAAGUAAGGCCAGUAACGGUGGAAGAAGGCCAGGUUUGUGUGGUUUUCAGUGAGGAACUCAAAUGUUGGUGUAGAGCAGUAAUUAAGUCAGUCAUGUACUGUACGGAUCAUUAUCAAAUGGAAUGUUUCCUUGUGGAUUACGCAAAAUACAUUUUUGUUAAAUCAAAGGACAUUCGAGUUGCUCUGGAAGCAUUUAUGCAGCUGCCAUAUAGAGCAAAAAAGUGUAGACUGUAUCGCACAAGGCCAGUGACAUUGCGUAUCGACUUCUGUGAAGAGACUGCAAAACUAGUACCAGCCAAACGAUGGGAUAGUGCUGCUACUUGGUAUUUUCAGAACAUUCUCAAAGCCACUACCCAUAUGAAAGCCAAGUUAUGUGCCAUAGAAGAUAACACAUUUGAUGUUUUUCUUUAUGUGACAAUAAAAGAUGAAAAGGUAUGCGUUAAUGAUGAUCUUGUCUUGAAGAACUUUGCUCGUUUUGAGGAAGCUGAAGAGAAUACAGGGAGUUCUGCAGAUUAUCAGGAGAACGGAACAUCAUUAAAUGCUGAGAGUCUUCCAGUGAAAUUUGUUAGUCGUUCGCUUGCUUUCCAGCCAGUGCUGUUUCAGGAGAAGAUACCAACAGAUCCUGGAACAGGUCUUGCUGUUUCUAGUUCGUUCCUUGAAGACACACACCAAAGGUUAAGCACAGAUCAAGAUGAAAACACUGCGCCGAGUUCUCAAAAUCUUAAUGAAGAAAGAAGCUUUAUCUUUCUUAGCAACAAAAUUGAGCCAUCAUCAAGUCUGGAAACAGCACCACUUUUUCAUGAGCUCAAAAAGGAACUUGCUCGGAAAAAAUUUUUAGGCCCUAACUUCACAGAAUCUUACUGUUGGCCUUCAGUAGCUCGAGGAUGUGAUGUAGUUGCCAUCUCAUAUCAGGGAAAUGAUCCUUUCGUGUAUAUUCCACCACUGCUUACUUUAUUGCAGUUGAAAAGUUGCUACAAAGCCUUGACAAACAAGAGUGGACCACUAGCACUUAUUUUAUGUCCUGGGUGGAAGAAGGCACAACUUGUUUUUGAGCUGCUGAAAACAUACGAGAGAUGCUCCAGACAGUUUCAUCCGAUGUUGAUAAUACUUGGGCAGAACAAAGCAGCAGCUAGCAGUGUGAAAAUACAAGGCUGUGAAGUAAUUGUGACUACACCGUAUAGCUUCCUGAGACUGUUCGAACAUCACAAUUUAUUUUGUCGACUUUGCCAUCUUGUUCUUGAUGAGGUGGAGGUGCUGUUCUCUGAUGCUGCUGAACAGGUUUUUACUAUAUUAGAUUGUUACAAGAAAGCCAGUGUUAGUGAAGAGUGGGAGUAUUCACUGCAUCAGAUCAUUGGUGUUGGAACUCGUUGGAAUGAACACAUCACACGUUUGAUAAAGGAGUUUAUGAAUGAUCCUUAUGUCGUGAUAACAGCAGUAGAAGAAGCUUCCAUCUAUGGAAAUGUGCAACAGGUUGUGCAACCUUGUGUGAACAGUGAGAGAAUUGCUGUGUUACUCAAAAUACUGGAUUUUACCCACAGUAAUCCUCAGAAGGUGCUGGUAUUCACUAAUUCAGUAAACGAAGCAGAUGUUAUUCAUGAGGCACUGAAGAGCAACUCAAUAUUUUCCUUGAAAAUACAUAAAGAGAGCAAUUCCAAGUAUAUCUUAGAGCAGUGGACAAAAAAGCAUAGUUCUGGCACUCCUAUUCUGUUAGUUUCAACAGAUGACUGUAUGCAAUCUUUGGGAAUUACAGAUGCAACUUGCGUGAUACAUUUCAGUUUUCCUUCUCCAAGAAUCUUUGGUCAGCGUCUACGCACCAUGUCUGACCACUUCUGUAAUGUGAGUAAAUCUUUAAUGGAUCAGGAACGUAUAAAAACAAGAUCAGUCAUUUUGCUCACAGAAAACACUGACUGUCAUGCACUUGGGAUCCUGCGCUUUUUGCAGCACGCAGAAGCUGAAAUUCCACCAGAACUGCAUGAUUUUACUGCCAAGAUGCUAGAAGCUGAAGAAGAAAAGAAAUUUUCAAGGCCACUGUGCGCCUAUCUUAAAACAUUUGGGAUUUGCAAGAAUAGAGCAGCUUGUCCAGAUCGUCAUCAAAUUAAUAUGCAAAUGGAUAUACCCCAGAAUAUACCUGAUAAAAUUCUACAAGCACCUGGAUAUGUGACAAUAUUGCCUCUCCACAUUGUAAGUGCAACAAAUUACUUUGGUCGAAUAGUAGAUAAACAAAAGGACCAAUAUACAAUUCUUGCUGAAGAAAUUAAUGAGUAUUUUAAGAACCCUAGUAACAAAAUUUCUGUUAAAAAUGUGAAGGCACUAGCAUUUUAUGGAUUAUGUGAGAAAAGACUUUUUCACAGGGUUCAGGUGGUAGAGAUUUACCCAAAAGAGGAGGAAAAUUUGUUCUUUAGUGUCAAAAUUAAAUAUAUAGAUGAAGGCAGAACAAGUCAAGUUCAGAGCUGUCAGCUGCUUCACUUGCCUGCAAGGUUUCAGUGUCUGCCACCUCAGGCUGUGGAAUUCAUAGUUUGUAGAGUGAAACCCAUUGAUAAAGAAACUGAAUGGAACCCAGAGGUAACUCAUUACAUACAUCACAAAAUCAAAGGAAAACCACAUGAAGCAAAAAUAGUACAUACCUUGGGAAAUACAGCUUGGGUUGACCAAAUGGUAGGUAUAGAACUGUACCAUUACAAAAUAUUUGUAUCUAAACUCCUUUUUCAUAGAGCACACAUUCUUCUCUUUCCUUCU